GGCGAGGCAGCAAGCCGUUGAUGUCAUUUUAUUGCCAGGGAAACUUACUCAUAAAUAAGCCCUCUGCUGAAGUCAAAGGCAGAACCCAGACAAAGGAGCGGCUCCCAUCCGACGACGUUUACCAGAACUGGCGGGCCGUUUCCCAAGCGCUGAAGUAGGCGGGCCAGUAUGACCUCAGUCAAUGCCAGCUUUGUCCCCCCUCCGCCAUUCUCAAUCCUCUUUGUCUUUACUCUCCCUCCUGCCCUCUUUGGGCUCUCUCCACCCUCAGUUCAUUCCAAACCUUCUUCCUGAGGCAGAAAAACAGUGUCGCCUUAUUCAUGCUAAGCUGUAAAGGACUCCUGGGAGGGCGAAGUUUCCCACUGCACCUAGUACCAGCCUUCACUUGUGGACCCCCAAACCCCGGGUGUCGAGUGAGGAAGCCCCCCAGGUGGACCGGGAGGGAGAGGAAGCGCACGGGCUGCUGGGUGUCAGGUGGGGGCAUCCUGGGCAGCGGCAGGCUGAUUUGGAGCUCUGGAGCAAGUUCAAAUCCUGCCUCUGCCCUUGCUCGCCGCAACCCUUACCCACCCUCUGGGCCUCAGUUUACUCAUCUGUAAGGGAGACCUACUCUCCUGGCCGCGAGGAUGAGAUGAGAUGACGCGUGCCCUGCACCUGGCUUGCUUGUUUUCAGAUUGAAAGGAGCGAUUUCCCAAAUCCUCUGGAAGCCGGAAUCCACGCUGACCCUCACGGCGGAUGUCUGCAGCCACCCAGCAGCUGGGCUUUGCGGGCCUGAUUGGGUACCGGUCGGUCUGGCACCGCGUCUGAGAACAAUUGGGCUUUCCUAAGGGUUUCCUCCGGCUGUUUUGGUUCUCACCGCUCCUGCUGCGACACCUGUUACUUUGGUGGGUCUGGUUCUCGGGCGCAUCAUGUCCAGUUUCGAAGACGCGGACACAGAAGAGACGCUAACCUGUCUCCAGAUGACUGUUUACCAUCCUGGCCAGCAGCCAAAUGGAAUAUUCCAAUCAAUAGGGUUUCAUAAGCGGGAGAAACUCCCCUCCAGGGAAGAGGUGAAAUUUGGCCGAAGUUCCAAAGUCUGUAAUUAUACCUUUCAGGACAGACAGGUUUCCCGAGUUCAGUUUUCUCUGCAGCUGUUUAAAAAGUUUGAUAGCUCAGUUCUCUCUUUUGAAAUUAAAAAUAUGAGUAAGAGGACCAGUCUGAUUGUGGACAACAGGACGCUGGACUUCCUGCAUAAAGUGGACCUGCCCGACAGGUGCAUGAUCAGAUUCGGAGACUAUCAGAUCCUGAUGGAGAAGGAAGAUGGAGUGUCGUUAGAAUUUUUUGAGACGGAGUUUAUUUUGUCUCCAAGAUCACUCUUGCAAAAAAACUACUGGCCCCCACAGAAUCCCAUACCUGAGUAUUGCCAUUCUGUAUGGUCUUCCUCCCAAAGCACUUCUCCUAUGGAAACGGACGAAAAUGAACUGUGAACACAGAGGGCUAAGAGGACAAUCAUGAAGGACGUAGAGCUCUGUAGACAACGCUUUCUAGACGCUCCGCUUACGAAGUGGUGUGCCGGUACUGAUCGGUCCCCUUCGUUACUGUGGUAUGUUAUUGUUAUCUGCUGUGCUGGCAAAUUUGGGAUCUGGUAUUUUACUUUUGAAGUCUGUAAAUUGUGUUAGUCAUCGAUUUGGUCUCCUGUUGCAUUCCUGGAUGUAUGAAGAAUUAUUUUAAGGGUACAACUGUGAGGGUUAUUGUACAAGAGAUCUCCUUUGUGAUGAAGGAAGAGUGUUCUCAGAGUAAGGUUAUAUUAUUCUCACUUUAUGCUUGACUUUAGUCCUAUGCUUUAAUUUUGUUUGUAAGGAACUCUCUCUUGGUUUGGUCAUAUUAUUUCACAACGGUCAUUUGUUUUCAAGGUCAAGACUACGGGCAAGUUGUUACUAGUGUUGUAGCCUGUUGGUACUUAUAGUACCAGUGUCCUGGAACACAGCAUAAUGUUUUGGAGUAUUGUACAUGUGUCGUUGUGUUUUUAAUAUGGGACGAUUUAUUUGAGCAAUAAUACCUUGAUUUUCUAUGAUUUUCUUUCUAUAGAAUUGUACUUAUUCCCAAGAAUACAGUUCUCUUUAUGUAUACACAGCAUCUAAAACCAAUAAACAUUUGAAUGUA